ACAGAAAUUUCAUACACAGAAGAAAAUCGAAGAUCGGCCCGCGCGACCAAGGGCCAAACCGCAAAGACUGACUCAACUAAACCGCCAUCGGAUUCAAAGAAAAAAUCCAAAUCUGGAAAGAAAGCUGUAGUGGUGGUGCAGGAAGAACCUGCUGAAAUAAUCCGAUGCGUCUGCGGUGCAGUGGAGACGGGCGACGACGAUAAAGAUCCUUGGAUCGCGUGUGAUAGUUGCGAUGCUUGGCAGCACAAUAUCUGCAUGGGAAUCAGCUCGUAUGGUGAAGAUGUACCGGAUCAGUAUUUCUGCGAGCAAUGCCGACCCCAAGAUCACAAAGAACUUCUAGCCGGCAUAAAGCGAGGGCAAAAACUGUGGGAAGAGAGACGAAAAAUUUACGAGCAGGAGCAAGCAGAAAGCCAGAUCGAAGAGCCCAGUACCAAAAAAAGGGGGAAGAAGAAGGUCAAGAAACCGAACGAGCCAAAUCCAGAUACUACGGUUAAUGGGAAGGCGGCUUCUGCGACACCCACAACGGUAGAGAAAAAAUUAGUCUCCAAAAAUAACAACGCGAAAAGAAAAAUUAGGGACGAAGUCCAAGAUAAUGAAGAUGCAAAGGAAUCUCAAGCCAAAAUUAGAAAACUAUCGACAACACAGAAGCCGCGACAAGACUCUCCAAUAUCUGGUCUGCCGGAUAAAAUUGACGAGAUUGACCCAUCGAGACAAGGAGCGGCUAAAGUACUUCUAAAAAGUUUGCUACAUACCAUUCCCCAAGCCAUGAAAUUAGGAAUCUAUACUCUAGGUAGCAAUGAUACUCUGGAGGCAAAGGCUGAACGUCUAGCGAUAGCUGUGGAAAAUGCUGUUCAGGUUGCUUACCCUGACAAAGCCGCGUAUGCUAAGCAAUCGCGUGCUAUAGCUAGUAACCUUAAGCACAACCUAGAGCUCAGCGAAGGGCUAUUAACGAGGUCACUUUCCCCUCAAGCCCUGGCUGCGAUGAGUACAGAUGAUAUGGCUAGCAAGGAGCUUAAGAGGGAGAAGGAAGAGAUGAAAGCGCGUGCCGACAAACAAUCCAUUAUGGUAACAGAAGAUGGACCCCGCGUACGUCGAACUCACAAGGGUGAGGAACUUGUUGAGGGAGACAGUUUCGCCGAUUCAAACGAUAGUUCUAUGCCCAAGCCGCGAAAACGGAGCACGAUAGAUCCCAAUUCAGAGACAAAUUGGCACUCAAGAGAAAACUCGCCUGCCAAUCAGAUUGAAUCUCCUACGAAUAAUGCUGAGCGCAAGUCUCAUGACGAGGUGCGAGGUCAAAAAUUGCCUAAACAAUCGCUCGAAAUUCAAGCGUUAGAUUCGCCGCCUGCUCGAAAGGCUUCGGGUCAACAAAAUUUUGAUAUCAACAAGGUAUUCAAUAGCGUACAAACUCCAACAUCUAGCAAGCAUCGUCAUGCGGCAAAUAAUGUUGCACUGCCAGUCAACGGCCCCGGCGAAGACCCCGAGGUUGAUAAACUAUUACAAGAUGAUGGUAUUGAGUCACCACCAUAUUCUCCGGCUGAAUAUGACUCAGAUCCUACAAUAAUUUGGAGAGGAACAGUUACCAUGGACUCAGUCGCUGAAUUCCCGGCUAUUGCUAGGCACAUUGGCGGUGUUGAUAUUACCCAAUCCAUGACUUCUAUCCAAUGGUCAGAUGUGCUGGCCAAAGAUCUCAAGAUUGCCGGCCGGAUAGAUUACGAGAAAGCCAACGAAUACCUUUGUAGUCUUCGCUACUCGCCACCCACUGAUCUCGUAGUAGUGAAACUGAGUUCUACCAACGAUAUACACGACCAGGCCUUUACCGAUCUAUAUGACUACUUUCAACACCGCACCCGCUAUGGAGUUCUUACAAAUAAGGGAGUGGGAAACAUCCGGGAUACGUACCUUGUUCCUGUACCCCCAACACCCGGAAAACUUCCUGAUUUUAUAAUCAAUCUAGAGGGGCACCAGAUUCCUGAACAGCGGGCGGAGCCCAUGAUUGUUAUAGCGCUAGUUAUACGAAAUGAAUGGCAACCAGGGCCAGACAGUCAGCUAUAUCAACGUGGUAAUGAUAGCAAUCCAGAUUCAAGAUCAUCAGUUCCGCGACAACAUCGAUCUGCUUCUGUAACCGGAUCCGGACCUCAAAUGUCACCCCUUGGCCCACCACCGGCCGCUCAAGUAUCCAGCCAAAACUUUAGACCAGACGACGUCCAACGUGAGAUUGAUCAAAGGCAGGGAGAAGAGGCAGCCAAGCGAAUCUUGGGGGACCAUGUUAAAGCUCCGACGGUCGCUUUUCUCAUGCCCCAAGCCUAUCAAAUGCGAGAAGUUGAGUGGAAUGUGAUUGGAGAAAUCUUACGAGAGGACGAAAGAGCCAGGGAUGAUUUACAACAUUUAAGUGUGGUGCUGGAGCAGAGAAUGGCAGGUAGGGGAUAA